AUGCAAGAAGUUAUUGAUUAUGAUGGCCUUUCAUAAAACUUAAAUUAAUGUCCAAUUUGUUAAGAACAAAAGGAAGAUAAUUCUGAAUUAAAGUGUAAGCAUGUAUUUUGCAGAAAAUGUUUAGAAUAGUAUUUAAAUGUAAAAAUAGAUGAAGGAAUAGUAAUGCAGAUUAAAUGUCCUUCCUGUCUGUAUGAGCUCUCAUAUGAUGAAGUUGUUUCAAAUAUUGAGAAAAUCAAACUAGACAAAUAUGCAAAAUUAAGAACACUGUAAUAUGGUGAGAGUGAUCCCACAUUAAGACACUGUCCUAAUAAAUAAUGUGAGUUAUAUGUUCUUCUGGAUUCCAAAAGAUGCUAGUGUGGAUAAGAAAUUUGUGUUGAUUGUGGGAAUUAAUACCAUGGACUGAGCAGUUGUGAUGAAUUGAUGGACUCAAUAUUUGUAUUAGACAGUAGACAAGAAAAAAUAUAAAGGUGUCCAAAAUGCAAAAUCGUAGUUCAAAAAGAAGGCGGAUGCAAUCAUAUGACAUGUAAGAGGUGUGAAUAUUAAUUCUGUUGGAUUUGCAGGAGAAAAUACACAUAAUAACAUUAUAAUAAUUACAACUAUUUUUUCGGAUGUCCAAAUAAACAAUACUCAGAUGAUAGGCCAUGGAAGUACCCAACAUUAAAUAAAAUUCUGCCUUUCCUGUUGUUAAUCUUACUAUCACCUAUUUGGAUUUUUUUAGGAGUUAUACUACUUGUAGGACAUCCUUUCUCCGGAGCCUAUUUUAUAUUUAAUCGAUGGGACAAUGAUGCAGUUGGUAGAUUGAGACCCGUCCAAUUUGUAAUGGUCAUUUUUUUUGUUUAUUUUAUUGGAGGAAUAGUCCUAUACCCUUUUGUAGUGUUGUACGAAUGCAUAAAGAUUCUCUAUAUCUUAGUGUCCUUACUAGUCAGUCUAAUAAAGAGGUUUAGAAAAUUUUGAUUAAUUUAUUUAUUCUAAUGUUUCAAAAACAAUUU